AUGAAAUGGGCUACUAUAAUAUUGUUAUGUUUGAUGUUUAAACUUUGUGCUUGUGAAGUGUCUGGUAAGUUUAAACCCAGUUUAAUGCAAUUUCUGGGUCAAAAAGCUUAUAGAUAAUUCAGAAAAAGAGAUUUUUUUACUAGGAUUUGCUAACUAGUAAGCUAUCAAAAAUUUUAUCAAAUUACAUAAAAAGUUACGGUUGUUGUACUAAAAUAGUAAUAGCAAUUAAUACUGCAACUAUAUGACAAAGUUUAGUGUCCGUAACAUGUACCCCAGAUAUGAUGCAGCUUGUUUUGACAUUUGAGAGCAAGUUCAAUGGCAGAAUAACAGUCCUACCCCACAAAGAAUGCGAGAUUUUGGGUGAAAACAAGCGAUUACUACUGUUUCCGUUAUCUUUACAAUCGUCGCCGACUGAACGAUGCUACUUGAACAAGGUAUGUGCCAUAAAAUCACUUUCUACUCAAAAAUGAAUAAUUCUUUUCGAACAUAUUACCUAUAAAGUAUAAUAUUGUCAUAAGCAACUUCAAUUUAUGCUUUGAAGAUUAACCUGGUAACACUGAUAAAGGCUUGACAAACCCAGAUUUUUAAAAUUUUAUCUUUUACAGCCAACUUUUUAGAUAAACAACGACUACGUAGGUCUGGUACAAAUCCGUAAUCACAAAACAUUAGUUUUGUCAAACGAUGCCACUUACCUAGUGAAAUGUCCAGCUCACAUCAUUCCUCCACCUUCAAUCAACAACGGAUUUGAUGGGUAGGUAAAGGUAGUGUCGUGUUUAAUUUUAAAACAUGUUUACGAUAAAAGAACAGCCUAAAAAAUAUUCAAUAAGAGUACAAAUAUUUCGAAAUUUAUUGACGAAAAAUGUAAAACUGCGCGGGCUGCGUCAAUGAGGGCGCAGCUUGAAACAAAGUAAAAUAUUUUAGCAAUUUUUCAAGCUUUUUGGGAAAAUCUAUUUUUUAAGAGUAUUUAAAGGUAAAAACUAAAAUUCUAAUUAAAUAUGUUUCUUUCAGACCAUCUCUACAUGCCCAACUGUAUAUUAAUCCAAAAGGGAGCAAGUUCGAGCCCUCGUUUGAAGGAAUUCCGCUUGAAACUGUCACUGGAAAGUCGUACACUUUGACAAUUGUUGUUAAUCAAGGUCUGUGUUUUAUUUUAUUGGAAUAGUAUCAUUAUGACCCAUGAACGUAUUUUACAACGGUUUAAUCUUUAUAUUUCUGUAAUUUAUGAGUUACAUAUUUUGUUGCUGUAACAAUUGUUGUUUUAGGUCUAGAGCAACGUGUACGAGUUGGAAAAUGUUUAUUAUUUGCAAAUGAAGAUGUGGAAAAUACAGUAGAAUUGACAGAUAUGGUAAGUAUUUUGUUUUUAUUUCAAUUUAGGAGUUUUUAAUGCAAAUUUAUCUAAAAUUGCAUCUUGAAGGAUAUUGUUUUAGAACGGAUGCGCGAUAAACAUGCAUUUUGCGAAGAACUUCCGUUGGAUAAACGACGAUUCUGGAUGGGCUUUACAGACAGAGUUUGA